AUGUGCCGCUUUAAAGCUCUAUUCAUAUUUUUCAUUGUUAUUUCACUUGAACUAAUAAAUGCUGGAAAUCUAUCGAGACAAAAGCGAUGUAUAGUAAUUCAAAAGCAGUCAGGAACUCACGGUGACAGCACUGAAGCGGAAGAUGACCGCUAUGACGAAAGAAACCAUGGCAACCGUGGCAGGGUAUAUGGCGGAAGACAUAAUGUAAAAGAUGCUGAGGAAAUAUCCCCAGAGUUUCUAAGGUACAAUGUGCUGCCGUCGAAUAAAAUAAGCGAGUUGCUUCGUCUUCGAAAUAAAUUUAAGCCCUUUAAAUUG